GUUUAGUGUGACUUUAGUAUAAACGGUGCUUAGUACACCGAAGAACACUUUUCGUUAUUGCAGUAGUUAGUCGAAACGUUUUGGAUUUGUGUGUGACUUACGUUUUCGGGAUCGAAUAUACAUUCAACUCAUUCAAGCAUCUGUGGAUUUAAGUUUUUUUUUUAACUUCGCGAAUUUAAAAAUUCUUAGCGCAGCGGUUGUUUGCAAAUGUUUAAAAAAUUUCAAUUCGUAAGAAAAAAUUGAAAGAUUUACAUAUAUCCAUAUGCUGCACAUAAAGUGACGAGAGAAUCAGAAGCAGAAUUUAUAAAAUCCGGGGAUAUUAUGUUCUCGAUGUAGUGUUCAUAUCAAAAUGUAUGUGAGAUAUUGUGUCCACUUGAUCAUCAAAAAUGUAUAUUAAGAUGAAAUAACAACACUAAAAAUGUAGAUAUACAUUUCAUAGUACACUGCUACUUGUCUUCUCAAACAUUAUACGAAUACAGGGUGUUCAAGUUCACGAAUGAUACGGAUUUAGUUUGUCGGCCCAAAAAUAUCUUUCUUUGAGCCGUUCAGCUUUUCAAUGCCAAGAAACGUUGUUGAAACAGUAUAUGUAAAUUAAGUGAGAAACUCAUCAGCCUCAACGACGUUCAGUGAAGAAAAUUAUUCGGAAAAUCAAAAGAACAAAAAAAAAACAGCGAGAAAAAAACGCUUAGGCGAAACAAUUAUCAUAAAUCAUGGGGAAUGUAGCAUGGUCCGACAGUAUUGAUAAAAUAAUAUGAACCGCAAAAAUGGACAAAAUACUGUAGCGGGUGCAAGCACUGCGCAUUAUUCAACACAAUCUGCAUACGAGUCUCGAAACAGUCAUUCUGGAUUUCAUUCUUUCCUAAAAUGGUUCAAAAAGGACGAACACGGUCGUUCCAUUCGAAAUGUUUCAAAUUCAAAAUCGACUAAAGACCAGCACACAAAUCACUUCAGUAGCACUGACGAAAUCAGAGAUCUACCGACUAGUCAUCCCAAAAACGGUUUAUCAGCAUCAUCAAGCUGUGAUAGUAUUAUAAGUACGGCAACAACUGGUUUUGCAUUUAUACCUCCGAAUCAGUACCGACCGAAUGGCAACGCCUGUCAGCCUGAAAUUCUAAUUGAAGCGGGCCCAGCGACCGACACAUACCGACAGAGAUUACGUGCUCAUCAAAAUGCAAUAGAGAAUGACAAGAAGCUUGAGCUGACACUGCGAAAGAAGUACAACAUCUUCGAUUCGGAUACAAUUACGUCGGUCGACUCUAUUUUCAAUCGAUUGAACGGUAACAAAAGACCGCAUUACAACGACCUAAGCUUACCACAACCGUCGACUAGCAGUCAGAUAAUAACCAAUUCGUUACUGUCGGAUGACGAUACGAUAGGACGAGUACGAAAGCCACAUCGAAGAACUGCCAGUGAUAGUUCGAAGGAUAAGAAAGCUGGUGCAUAUUUACAUGUGAAAGGAAAACGUAAAGCACCUGAUCCGCCCAAAGACAAUAGACCAGACAGUGUCAACAAUAGACUAAGUACUUCAACGAAUUCGGGAACAUUAUCACCUCACUCAACUCUAGGACGUAAAAAGCGGAAAGCACCUCCACCGCCUCCGAAAAAUACUCAACAACUAGGGCAAUCCAUAAGUGAAGACUUUCCAACGGUGCUCCAUAAUGGCCUAAUGGAUGACGAAGAGAUUAAGGCGAUAAUUCAAGGAACGUCAACCGGAUUCUCUGCAAUGGACAAAUCUAAGGAAUCAUCGAGUGCUGCAGCAAUUCCAUGUCCAGAAAAUGCUGCGUCUUCGUCAGUUCGAUGUACUGAUACGUUGAAAUUAGAGAAAGGAAUCUUAAGAUCGACACGUGAAACCACAAUUUGUGACGGUAAAAUGAAACCCGAUGACCGACAUUCAUCCAUUUCACCAUCGUCAAUAUCGCCGCGACCUUGGUACAAACGAUCCCCGGCUAGUAACAAGGACUAUGCCAUUCCAUUUAAGAAGGAAAUUGUUCUGCGAACGAUGGAAAAGCGAAAAAUUAAGAAAAGCGCAAAAGAGUUGGAAAGUCCACAGUUGCCGGAAUUCGGAUUCUCGCGAAAUUCGUCUCUGUUCGAGGGGUUCUUUUCGCGAGCACAACACGAUCGUUCCGACCGGACAGACGAUCAGGAAAAGCGUCGAUCCGGUAUCGGUAUGCCGAACAUUAGUGAAUUGGAUCGAGAAGCAGCGGAAAUUGUUCUUAAGGAACAGGAACAUCAACGAGCCAAGCGGCUCGAAGAGCAUGAAAAAUAUUUCAACAAAAUUGGUGAAAGUAAUAAGGAUGCCGGCGACAAUGGCAUCAAGUUUACACUGAACAACGCGUUCAUUCAGAAAAGUGAUCGUCAAUGUGUUGAUUUGAAUGGAAAUGAAUCGAGAGGAAGUAAAAUUCAUUUUAUUAAUAGAUUGGAGAAACCGUCAUCGAGCAUUGCGGCGGAGACGGAGAGUAUUUUUAGCAACAGCGUCAACAAACUCUCUACGAAAACAGUGAAUGAUUCGAAUGAAAAAUCGUCAACAACUGUGCAACUCAAACAAAGUGAAAAUAAUCCAACGACGAAUGUCGUGAAGAAGAAUGAUUCAACAACGGUCAAUGGUAAACGUGUGUGGAUCUGUGCCUAUUGUACAUUAGAAAAUGCGAAUUCGAGGGUGAUCUGCGAAGUAUGUGAACGCAUCAGGCCUCCGGAUAAACAGGUUGCCGGCAUACCAGUCAUCGAUUCGUCAAAGAUGUUACAUAGUUCUAAUCUACUACCGGCGGCGACCAAAGAAAAAGUGAUUGACAAGAAUCCUGAUUGGGAUAACAAGGCGGACAAAGUAAUGAAAUAUUUCCGGCCCAGACUUUCUUACAAUUCGUUGUCGAAAUCAUCGUCCGAGACAUCGGUCAGUAAAUCAACUGCGAAAAAGCCGACCAGCAAAGUGCCACUUUCUCCGAAAAUGUUGUCAAGGCAAAAGAAAAUUGGCAGCCGAAUUUCGGAUAUGAACACGGACAUAGUUCGACCGCCAUCGACAACUAAGAGUACUGAAAGGCUCACCUCACCAGUUUCGCAACUUAUCGAUAGUUCAGCGGUUGUUACAACUGUAACGCCAGUAUUUUAUGCACCAUCUGCGUCAGCUAAGAUUGAUGGCAAUGACGAUGCAUCGAAAAAUCAAAUAAGCCGGAACCUUGAGGAAGUUCGGUUAGCCCGGCUUGCCAAGUUCUCACAAGACAUUCGGCCGCAAUCGCAAGGAGAAACUGGUAAAUCUUGUGAAAAGUUAGAAAAAGAGCCAAUCCGCGAUUCCACGUCGUUGGAACGAGAGAAACAGCGUUUAAGAGAAAUGAUUCGGGCAAUGAAUGCUCGGGCGCUGGCCGAAAAGUAUCCGGUCAUACAGAAGAGUGUUUCGUUGGACGGUGACAGUUCAACGAAAGCGAAAACCGACACUGAUCUCAACAUAGGCAGAGAGGAAUCGCGACUGAAGCCUGGCACCGGAGUUAUAAAGAAGGUGCUGAAUCGCAAACACUACGCAGAAGACAAGGAAAUAGCCGACAAUUCAAAUUUUGCUAGCAGCUCAAAAAUGGACAAAGAGAAACUAUUUUUGAAACUAUCGCCGGAACAGCCACUGAAUUUAAACAAGCCACACAGACCGGAUGUUCUACUGAUACCCACACCAAUCCAGGAACUGAACGAAGACGAAAAGAGCCCGACCCCGUCCAAAUUGAUAAAACAAUCUCGAAUUUACGCUGAACCGGAGCCGGAAGCAACAGGCGGUAUAGAUAACAGCAACUGUGCUGCAGGCGAUAAGCCGGAUUUGGUUAAAAUUUCGCAGGAGUUAAACAGUUCGAAAGGAUUGGAAAACUUCAAAGCAACGCUGAGGAAUUCGUCCAAGCAAUUUACCAACACCAAUACUCUGGCGCUGAACAAAAUUUUGAAAAACUUAGAGGUGGCAAUUCUCGAGGGCAAACACGAACUGGCGGCUAGUCUAGCGAUGGAUUUGGCUAAAAUGAAAGUUUCUUUGACGGUGACAAAGCAACAACAGAACCAACACAGGCUGAGUGAACUUGUUGAACCUCCGAAAGUUCAAAAUGUGGUAGUCGACAUGUUCGUCGAGGAUAAAACAAGCCGAAAGGGCCCGAUUCAUAUUUCCAUUUUUCCGACCAUUUCCGUCCUGGACUUGAAACGGAAAAUCUUAAGAGAUUUCCAAAUUCCAACCGAUCGACAACAAUGGAUUCUGAAUGAUAAAUUGGCCACGGACGACAAGCAAUGCCUGACCGAAUUCGGUAUGGAUGACAAAUCGGUUAUUUACUUAUACAUCCAGGACUUAAAGAGAACGAACGAUUUGUCGGACGAGAAACUUUCCAAUGUAAUUGCCGAUCCCACGAACCGAUCAGAUCAGGCAGCGAACUCGUCACAGUUGCCGUUAAAUAUCGAUCAAGAGCAAGACAACGAAGAAGUCGGAGCCAAAGCGUUACCAUUACCGGCAGAUGAGAUUCCUGGCAAUCGAACCUUGAAAGUUGGUUGGGUGUGUCCUCUAUGCACAUUGAUUAAUUCACCGAGUCGUCCUGGCUGUGUCGCUUGCUCAGAAACUCGUCCUUCCAAUUAUGUUAUUCCUGACGAGUAUAAACGUAGUGCCGAAUACGAAAUGCCGGAGGAAUUGAAGCGUUUUUUGAACGACGAUUUCGAUAAAGAUGAAAAAUUGGAAGUGACAACGAGACUGCAUCCUGAAAUGAGCAACGAUUUGAAUAAGGCGAAAGUGGUCAAUCGUAAGUCCGCAGAGAUACUCAACAUUUCGAUAACUGAACAAGAAACCGUCGCAUCAAAUAAGAGUUCAUUUGCGUAUAAAUCGUCGAAUCCAGUGCUGCAAACUACAUCAAUUGUCAUGACUGCCAUAACUUCCAGUCCUAAUAUAACAAAGAAUCGAUAUCGCGGUGUCGAUAACUACAAUCCUCAUGUAAUGAAAAAAGCCGAAAUAAUUCCGACAACCAAUUUCGGCGUCAUCCCGAAACCAGUUACCAUAUCAAAGCUUCAAGAACCGCUUUCCGGUAGAACAAGUUUGUUGCCUGUUAGCCAACCUGUGUUAAAGAAACCGAACAGUUUGGAUGCAGGUGCGGCCAAAAUCACCUCCAAACACUACAACGAACUGUUGAGUCUUGACACCACGGAUGUGGUUCCUAAUUCCGAACCGUUCGAGUGUCCUAUCUGCUUUAUGAAAUUUGGUGCCAAGGAGGGAGUGGUGUUACGAGACUGCUUGCAUGUGUUCUGUCGUGAGUGUAUCAUCAACACCAUUAAGUACAACGAUGAAGCAGAGGUAAAAUGCCCAUACUUGGACGAGGUGUACAGUUGCGAUAGUAUCAUCCAAGAACGAGAGAUCAAGUCACUGGUUUCGAAAGAUAUUUUCGAGCAACACUUGGCCAUUUCGCUUCGGGUAGCUGAAAAUAGAACCGAAAAUGCGUACCACUGCAAGACUCCGAACUGCAAGGGAUGGUGCAUCUUCGAGGACAAUGUGAACGAGUUUAAAUGUCCGAUAUGCAAAAUUUUGAAUUGUCUCACUUGUAACGUAAUUCACGAUGGUUUGAAUUGUAAACAGUAUCAAGAUCAAAUGAACAGUAAUUGCGACAGCAAUGCGGAAGCAAGACGCACGAAAGACAUGCUUGCCGAAAUGAUUGAAAAGGGAGAUGCAAUGAACUGUCCCAUUUGUCAGGUGAUUCUGAUGAAGAAAUGGGGAUGUGAUUGGCUGAAAUGUUCGAUGUGCAAAACGGAAAUAUGUUGGGUGACUCGUGGAAUAAGAUGGGGACCCGAAGGAAAAGGCGAUACCAGCGCAGGUUGUAAAUGUGGCGUUAAUGGAGUGAAAUGCCAUCCGAAAUGUAAUUACUGCCACUGAGAUUAUCAAUGAAACAUUUAGUAGUUAGGGUACUUAAUCA